AGUCCAUUGAAUGAGUGAUUCAUGAUUUCUGUGCAAAAGUUUUGUCUUUAAAUUGAUUUUAAUCUACAAUUUAAGUCUUGUUUGAUAUCUUGGGAUCAAUUGGUGGCGAUAUGUCUGAAGUGAGGGAUUGGUUCAACCGAUUGCCGCAAUUCACGCGGUAUUGGUUCGGCCUAUCGGUGGCGCUUCCCAUCGCCGGUCGCAUCGGUCUCGUGAGUCCAUAUCAGAUGAUUUUGACCACAGAUUUCAUCUACAAAUUUCACUUAUGGAGACCAUUGACGGCCCUAUUCUUCUAUCCGAUGAAAUUUCAUUUCCUUAUAAACCUGUACUUCUUGUACAGCUAUUCACUCCGAUUAGAGACAGAGCAUUUCAUUGGACGUCCGGCCGACUACUUGUUUCUUCUCAUAUUUAAUUGGAUCUCAAUUGUGUUAAUAGCACUGCCUCUAAAUGUGAUGCUUUUGAUGGAUCCGAUGGUUUUGAGUGUUCUCUACAUUUGGUGUAAUCUAAACAAAGAAGUAAUCGUCAACUUCUGG